AUGUGGGCUGGGAGGGGCCGUGGUUUCAGCUGCGGCACUCGGAGUACAGCAGUACAGCAGCAGCCGCCGCGCAGCAUGGCCGAAAAACCCCAAAUCCAGCUCUUCAUCAAGGCAAGCGAGGACGGGGAGAGCGUAGGGCACUGCCCCUUCUGCCAGCGGCUCUUCAUGGUGCUGCUGCUCAAAGGGGUGCCCUUCACCCUCACCACUGUGGACGUGAAGAGGGCACUGGACGUGCUGAAGGACUUCGCUCCAGGUGCCCAGCUGCCCGUCCUCCUCUACAACGGCGAGCCCAAGACCGACACCAUCACCAUUGAGGAGUUCCUGGAGGACCAGCUGAGCCCCCCCCUGUGCCCCAGUCUGGUCCCACAGUACCCGGAGUCAAGCCUGGCUGGGAAUGACAUUUUCCACAAAUUCUCUGCCUUCAUCAAGAACCCGGUACCUGCCCAGGACGAGGCGCUGCAGCGGAGCCUGCUGCGGGCCUUGCUGAAGCUGGAUGAGUACCUGAGUGCCCCUCUGGAGCACGAGCUGGCCCAGGACCCCCACCUCCGGGUCUCCCAGCGCCAUUUCCUCGAUGGAGACCACCUCACACUGGCUGACUGCAACCUGCUGCCAAAGCUCAACAUUGUUCAGGUUGUGUGCCAGCACUACCGCCGCUUUGGGAUCCCCAAGGACUUGCGGGGCGUGUGGCGGUACCUCAACAGUGCCAGCGAAACCAAGGAGUUCAAAUACACCUGCCCCAAUAGCCAGGAGAUCAUCCAGGCCUAUCGUUCUGUGGUCCGGGCACCGCAGUGAGCCGGGCACGUGCCCUGGUGGGUGCCAAGGCUGGGGUCCGGCAGGAGGUCAGCGCCCACCCUGCCCCUGCCUGCUCAGGAGAGCUCUGCCACUCGCACCCAAAUUCCCUCCACUGGCACACAGGUGCUGGCAGCAAUCUGCAGCGCACUCAGCCCCUCUUGUGCCACCCACCCUUCCUCACAACCAGGACAAGCUCUGUGGCCCCUCGAGCAUCAGGAUGAGGGCAAACGGGCACGGCCAUGGGCACCAUCGGUGCCAUAGCUGUGCCCAGCUGAAGGCAGGGGCAGAGUUGGGGACAGCAAGCUGCCCUGCAGCCACUUGCACAGGCAGGCAGACUGUGUCACCCACCUGGGCAGCAGGCACCACAGGGUGCCCUCACACCUGCACCAGGUAAGAGGACCUGGCACAGCCAUAGAGACCUAUGAAGGGAGCUGGAGGGGGAUAGCACAGGUAAUGGACACAGGUCAGUUCCCCCCAAAACUCACUAUUAGGAAGCUCUCAACAGACUUUGGGGUUGUGAAGCAGGGAAAGCACAAGUAAAGCUUCAGAGUUCCUGGAAAUCAAUAAAAGCUUUGCAAGUAA